GCAAACUGUCAGCUGAAGACAAAGUGGGGAAACCUUGGAGAGGCUUUCAAUUAUUUGGGCAGCUGUGGGGGAGAAAAAAAAUAUAUAUUUAUGAUGGUGAAAAAAAUGUAAACUAUUUCGCAUCUGAACCAGUGAGUCGACACAUGAAAUCGGAGUCCUCGUAAGGGAAUUUAAAAAAAACAAAGACAAGCUAGUACAUCAGUGAAGCUAGUUGAGGACCUGCCAACACAAAACAGCCUGUAACCUGCAGCCUCUGCCUUCAAGGUGCCUUUACCAUGGUGACACUAAAAGAAUCAAACACUGCACAAUAAGCCAGAGGGGGACAAAAAGAUUUGUUGCCACUGCAUUGCCUCACUUUCAUCUCAUCCCCUUUGAACACUUUGUUCCCACACUGGCACUAACCCGGUGCAGACAUGCAUCUGGAAGUGAAGGUCGCGCUCAACUUCAUCGUGUCCUACCUGUACAACAAGCUGCCUCGUCGACGAGCCGACCUGUUUGGCGAGGAGCUGGAGAAGAUACUAGUUUCUCGUUUUGAGGGUCACUGGUACCCCGAGGCCCCACUGAGGGGCUCUGCUUUCCGCUGCAUUCACCUGGGUGCACCGAGGGACCCUGUGGUGGAGUUGGCUGCCAAAAGAAGUGGGCUGGACACGGAGGAGGUGCGGGCAAAUGUUCCUGCAGAGUUGAGCGUGUGGAUUGACCCUUAUGAGGUGUCCUACCAGAUUGGAGAGAAGGGUGCGGUGAAAGUGCUCUAUCUGGAGUCCCCCCCUGGCCUCGGUUGUGACAGCGAGCCGGCCGAAGGGGUCAUCAGAGAGGCUAAAUUAGAUGCAGAGGUGGAGGAUGCCAAGAGCUUGGGCUUUAAUCCAGAUGCUCAAGUGUUUGUACCAGUUGGAAGUCAGGCAUCUCCUUCCUUAAUGCCAUCCCUCUCCAGUUCUCCCACACCCCUAUCUGCCCAGUCCUGCCCUGGAAUCUUCAGCUACCCCAGCUCCAGCACACCCACCGAUCCCAGCAUCCAUUCCUCCAACACAUCUACUCCUUCUCCUCCGAGCGGCGGUCUGCCCUACCUCUCCACUCAGCAGCCACCUGCUGCUCUUCCUGCUGCCCGUCCACAGCCAAUCACCUUCACCACUGCCAGCUUCGCCGCCACCAAAUUCGGCUCCACCAAAAUGAAGAAGUGCAGUGGGGCCGGGUCAGGGUCUGCAGGCUCUGGUGUCAUCGUACCACCAUCUCAGAGGAUACUCUCCCGCUCUCCUACCACCAUCUCAGCACCAGAGCUGCUUAAGCACAAGCCCCUCUCUCUCUCCUUGCACUCCCUCGGGGGUCCCAUCCACAGCCAGCUCUCCCCCAACGCCAAAGAGUUUGUCUACCCUGGAUCUCCAGGCCCUCUUUACUUUGAUGCAGACACCCAGCCCAUGCAGCCUCUUACCAGCCCUUUCCAGCCCUCGCACACUAUCAACACCCACCCACCAUUUGAUCCGUUCUCCAGCCCUCCUGCCCAGAGCGUGGGCAUCAUUGGCAGCAGUGGAGGGAUCUCUUACAUGGAGAAGCCACCAUUUGUUGAGGGUUUAGGAAGCUACAACCUGCAAUAUCCCAGCCAGUCUUUCCAGCCUGUCGUGCUGGCCAACUAAGCCUUCAUUUGUAAUAAGAAUUGUUGCAGGAGCAGUUGGGUGUACGGCAAAGACCCUCCUGAUAUUUUCAGUUUUUCUAACAAAUUGUUCUAAUACUAAUGUGUGUUAAGAAUUAGUUUUACUACAAAGAUUUACAAUGUCCACUAAAUAUUUAGUGUGAUUUGUUUGGUAUCUCUAGAACCCGCCCCAAACCCCACCCUGCUCCUACUUCCUGUGUCCAUUGCUGUUACCCGUUAUUUGUAUUUGUGUUGGCUUGGAAUGGGUGCUUCUGUUUUUUUGUUUUGUUUUUUUUUGUUGUUUUUUUUUUUGUUGUUGUUUUUUUUGUCCACCUUUUUGCCGUCUCCAAUUUCAUGUUUAUGAUUUUGCAAUGAAUGCUAAUGUGAGGUUUUUUUUUUCCUUUUUUCUUCUUGUUUUUUGGGACUUGUAGUCUAGUGGACUCUAGUAUAGCUCCAUUUUGCACUGCACUGUCAUGCUGUGAAAAAGGACUUUGCCAAGUCCUGCAGGGAACGACGGCUGUGGAAAACUCAGCACUUUGCUCUGCAAUCUGCUCUGCCCUACUUGCCACAAAUACGGGGUGGGGUUGGUGGAGGGGCUCUGCUCUCUGUGCAUGUAGUUCGCUUCUGUUUGGUCGUGGUUCAGAGUGAUUGAGAGACUCGUUGCUUGCACAGUGAAGCCCUGUUACCUUUGAAACAACCUGACGCACGGGCAUAUUUCAAGUCUUGUUGGUGGACGCAUGUUGAAAGCAGGUUAUCAUCAGCUGGAAUGGGCACGUGACCGGGGUUUCAAUGAAGCAAGGGCAGCUAAGGGGAGAAUCGAGGCGCUAAGAGUAAUGUAGUUGAAUGUAUUGUACCUGUCAAGGGAAAUUGCAGCUGUGAAGGUCAGCAAAAUGGAUUUGGGGGUGGGGGGGGUACCUUUUUUUAUGAAUGUGAAAACAAAUGAAUCUUUUGAAUUUUAAGGCGAUAACCAUCUGCUGAUUAGGCCAGUUGUGCACAUAAAGAUGCAAAUUAUGGUUUCACACAUAUUCACACAUAUUCAAACAUACACCAGUCAGCAGCAUAUGAAGGUGAACAGGCAGGAAGGAUGAGAGGUGGGGGUGGGGGGGUGGGAAUGCUGCAGUAGCUCAGCAUUAGGGAUUGUGAUAAAUGGCUUAGCAUGACUUUGACUAUGAAGGAGAGGCUUUCCUCUGCAUGGACAGGAGGGAGGGAGGGAGGCGGUAAGAGAGAGAAGCAGCUAGAGGGUUCUGUUGCCCCCUGUGCCAUUCAGGGUGUACUGGCUUAGAAAGCAACGCUUUAACACCCAGAGCACGUUUCUGAUGGGCUUAAAUGGUAUUGAAGCCAAAGGCUCACUAUUCUCUCAGUCCUCUUAAAAUUCUCCAGCGAUCUCUGCUCCUCCGGCUGUUGCAAAGGAAAAACCAGAAUUGUACAGUUCAGGUUGCUCUCUUUAUUU